CGUGAGCACCGGCCCGGUGAGCCACCACCGACACGCCGCCGGGCGCGAGCCUCCCGGGCCGCAGCACCUGCCUGGCGCGGCUCGCGGGGACUUGUGGGAACCGGAAGACCACCAGGAAGAGGAUCUUUUAUUUUGAAGCCUGGCGUGUCACGUGGUGCUUCACCUUGCAGAGCUGAAAUGCUGAGAUUGCCACGUUUGAUCGGCGUGACCUUAUCCUUAGUGGCACCCGGAAUCCGAUGCCGCCGUCCAUCUCGGCGCGUCCAGCCGUUCUUCUUCCAUCCCCACACGCGGACACGGAUAAACGGACCGCCUUUGUGGGCGGGUUGUCCAGCGAAGCGGCCGUCGCUUCAUUCACCACAGCAUCAAGCUCUCAUUCCGUGCUCGGACCUGGCGUCACGAAAGUACACCUUGAUUUACGCGUUCCCCGCCAUCCGAGGACUGCGUGCGCUCUCCAGGCUCAAACUGGCUCAAACCGGCAUCACCGGCGUCCUUCUGCCCACAGUCUAUUAUUUCUACCUUCAGGGACAGGCGUCAUUCAGUCUUCUAAGCUACACCACGGGCAUUGCUGCGUUCGCCGGCAUCAUGCUCUACACCAUCAGCUACUACGUCCGGCGAGUGGUGGGCAUGAUGUACCUGGACCACACACACACCACGUUAAAGGUGGCCCAUCUGUCGUUCUGGGGCCUCCGCAGGGACGUGUAUCUGCCCGUGUCGGACGUAAUGACUCUGGGAGACACGGGAGACUCUCCAGGUGAAGUUAUAUUAAAGCUGAAGCGCUACAGCUGCUCAGACACACUCUAUUUCUCCACCAGGCUGGGGCGCGUGCUCGAUAAAAACGGGUUUGAGAAAGUGUUUGGGACUUUGUCUCGAUAGACUGCCGUGUGUUUUAAUCGUGUCUGAAAUGAUCAUGCGUUCACAUUUACAGUAAAGUUUUCUUCACAGCCACUCUGGUGUGUUCUUCUGUGCUCCUAACCAGUGUUAACUGAUUCCCCUCACAACUCUGAAGUGUGUAUCGCCUUCAUCACCCAGUCUGUUUCCUUUAAACUUCAGAGAAUCAUAUGAGCGUUCUAACUACCUGUUAAACUGAUUCGCUAGCUUGCCAACUAGCUAACAACCUUUUUUAAAAAUAUGACACCAUAGAUGUAACUAUUUAUAUAAUAACUUGUGACAGAAACUGAUCCAAACACUCAUGCACCCGUGUUCCUAAUAUAGUGGACAAUGUGUGUGUGUGUGUGUGUGUGCGUGGAUACAUGUACUGGUCAAGAGCUUCAGUUAAUGAAUGGGGAAUGUGGUCUCUGUGACCUUAAGCGUGGUUGUUGGUACCACAUGGGCUGGUGUGAGUAUUUCAGAAACUGCUGAUUUACACACACAACAGUCUCUAGACUUUACACAGAAAGGUGCAGUAAAGAAAAAAACAUCCAGUGAGCAGCAGUUCUGCGGAUGGAAAGGCCUUGUUGAUGAGAAAGGUCAACGGAGAAUGGCCGGACUGGUUCAAGCUGACGGAAAGGCUACAGUAACUCGGAUAAACACUCUGUACAAUUGUGGUGUGCAGAAAAGCAUCUCAGAAUGUACAACACAUCAAACAUUGAGACGGAUGCGCUACAACAGCAGAAGACCACGUCGGGUUCCAAUUCUGUCAGCCAAGAACAGAAACCUGAGGCGGCAGUGGGAACAGGCUCACCAAAACUGGACAGGUGAAGACUGGGAAAAUGUAGCCUGGUCUGAUGAAUCCUGAUUUCUGCUGAGGCGCACAGAUGGUAGGGUCAGAAUUUGGCACCAACAGCAUGAAUCCAUGAACCCAAACUGCCUUGUGUCAACAGUCCCGGCUGGUGGAGGUGGUGUAAUGGUGUGGGGAAUGUUUUCUUGUCGCACUUUGGGCCUGUUAAUACCAAUCAACCAUCGCUUGAAUGCCACAGCCUAUUUGAGUUUUGUUGCUGACUAUAUGUCCUUUCAUGGGCACAAUUUAACCAUCUUCUAAUGGCUACUUCCAGCAUGAUAACGCACCAUGUCACAAAGCAAAAGUUGCCUCAGAUGGUUUCAUGAACACGACAAUGAGUUCAGUGUUCUUCAGUGGCCUUCCCAGUCACCGGAUCUGAAUCCAGUAGAACGCCUUUUGGAUGUGGCAGAACGGGAGAUUUGGAGCAUGAAAAAUCUGCAGGAAUUGCGUGUGAUCAACAUGAACCACAAUCUCAAAGAAGUGUUUCCAAAAUCUUGUGGAAUGAAUCCAUGCCAUGAAGAAUUGAGGCUGUUUUGACAGCAAAGGGAGACCCAGUAUUAGUAUAGAGUUCCUAAUACAGUGCUCGGUGUGUAUGUGUGUGUGUGUGUAUAUAUAUAUAUGUAUGUGUAUAUAAAGCUCUUGACCUGCAUGAUUUUAUGCAUUGCGCUGCUGCCACAUGAUUGACCGAUUGACUGAUUGGAGAACUGCAUCAAUGUGCAAGUGUACAGGUAUUCCUAAUAAAGUGGAUGGUGAGUGUAUAUAUAAAGUGAAAUUAUAUAUAUAAUAAUAAAUUACAAAUACUGAAAUGCUGCAACUGUCAUCUUUAAUGAAGGUGCUAAUGAUUUUUUUUGUCUAAUAAU